GUGGGCGUGCGUAUAUGUUAUGUGUGGAUGCAAAUUAGUAUGAAGUUUUCUUUCUCCACAGAAAAAUUAUACCAGCAUAAUUUUAACGGUGAAAAAUGGAAUCUAUUUACCAAUUUUAAAUAAGUAAUUCUUUUGAAUUCAAACAUUAACUAACAAUUUUAGGAAAAUCGAAACUUCGUAUAAUGCUAACGUUGCAUAUUUAACACAAUGGCAUAAAAUCCUUUUUUAAAGAGGUCGUGCAAGAAUGAUACUGUGCGAAAGUAAUUUAAUUAAGCAUUUAAUUAGGGAAAAACCAUGUGUGAGGUACGUAAUCAGUCAUUAAAACUAAAUGGUACUUUAAACAAGGAAAUGCAGAUUCACACAGGACAAAAACUUCACGUGUGUGAAAUAUGUAACAAGUCAUUUAUGCAAAAGUCUAGUUUAAUUGAGCAUAUGCUUAUUCACACAGGGGAAAAACCUCAUGAAUGUGAGGUAUGUAAUAAAUCAUUUACACGAAAGUUUGAUUUAAAUCAGCAUAUGCGUAUUCAUACGGGAGAGAAACCUCACCUGUGUGAGGUAUGUAGAAAGUCAUUUAGACUCAAAUGUAGUUUGAAUGUGCAUAUGCUUAUCCACACAGGAGAGAAACCUCAUGUGUGUAAGGUGUGUAACAUGUCGUUUGUUCAAAAUUGUCAGUUACACAAACAUAUGCGUGGUCACACAGGAGAGAAAUCUUACGAGUGUGAGAUAUGCAAUAAGUCCUUUAGACAAAAAAGCUAUUUAAGUGAUCAUAUGUUUGUUCACACAGGAGAGAAACCACAUACGUGUGAUUUAUGCAACAUGUCCUUUAGAGAAAAGGGCCAAUUAAAUAAGCAUAGGCUUAUUCACACAGGAGAGAAACCUCACAUGUGUGAGGUAUGUAACAAGUCAUUCAGACUAAAAGGUAAUUUAAAUGAACAUAUGCUUAUUCAUACAGGAGAGAGACCUCAUGUUUGUGAGGUAUGUAAUAAAUCAUUUAGACAAAAGAAUGCUUUAAAAAAGCACAUACUUAUUCACACAAGACCAAAAACUUCUUGAGUUACGUGUAUAACAGGCUAGUUAGACAAAAAUGUAUUUGAAGAAACAUAUCUAAACGGAUUAGAAGCUUAAAGAAAAGAAGUAAAAAUUGAGAUCGAUAAGAAUGUUAACUUAUCUGUGCAGUAAGGACUUAUCCAUGCAGAAAGGAAAAGAAAAAAAAAAACCUUAAUAUUUGGAGUUUUAUCGAAACGUUAUUUAAUCCAAGUUCCUAAUUGAUCAUUUAUUUGUUCCACAAGAGAAAAUCUUACUCAGAAUCAAAUAACUUUAAGUUCUCUUCUAAUCUCUCACACUGAAUUGCACUUUUCUCAAUUAAUGCUAUAGGAUAUACGGAAGCACUUCCGCAGAGAACCCGGUAAAUGUAAACACCGCCAACUUUCGCGAUAAUAGUUCAAACCUGGUAACCCAUCGGAUAUGUCAGGUUUACGGCUCGGCCCAUCGUCGAUGAACCGGGAGCUUGGCGAGUAAAAAUGCAACCGCGCCAACGGUUUCUCUGCAGAUGAAAACCCGGAUAUACUAUAAUGCUUUAUGAUAUUAUUAGUACUGCAGGCUUCCUCAUCAAAACUGAACCUCUUCACUAUUGAGAAUGCACAGAAAUUAUAGUUUAUCACAAAGUCAAGGCUAUGGACACAGUACUGUAGGUUUAAAAGAUUAGUUUUGCACUGCGUUGCCAAUUCCACAGCAAACCUGAUCUUUUCACCACCAAACUGUAAGGAUUUGUUGUGGAGCAUUUAGAACAUCUCUUUGGAAUGUUUCAAGCAUUAUUUCAGCUAAUGUAGAAGCAGUUGUCUGUUCAAUAUUGUUCAAAAAUUUGUCGCAUUCUGAUCAUCCAAUUCGAUUCCCAGUGCUUAGUAAUAUCAUUAUCGAUGUGAAGUAUGUGGAUUAUGCAACAACUAGCUCAAGAGUUUUGUCUGGAACAGAAAGUCCAAGGAAUAUGGUUUUUAAAAUACCUCAUUUCUUAGUGUGACGCACUGGGACAUUUAAGUAUAUUUCAUGAUUUUGGUAAAGGUGAUAUUUGUGAUGUUGUCUAUCAAAGCAUUUUCAUGAACAUAUACAAGCGUACAAUGUUUAUGUCCUAGUCUAUUCAGAUGGAACUAACUAUCCCGAUUGCAGUGCCUUCCUUCACUUUUGUACGCAAGAACAAUACUUUAAAUAGCUUAUUCUUUUAAAAAAUGUUAUCGGUGUUUGUAAACAUAUAAAUAUUUGAAAUUUUGUUUAA